AUCAUAAUCGGUCGACCUCUAGACAAGACUGUAACUACCAAUUGGAUACCACGAAAUAAGAGACAGUGCAAGGUCUGACGUAGUUUUAUAUGAACCGCGGGGGCACGUCCUCCCAUGCUGUCACGUCACCGGCUCGACCUGCGCAGAGUGCGAGGGAUAUAAUCCAUACUUUCAACCGUACUGACGUAUGAAGUAGAACUUGCAUAGUUUGUGGAUGUGCGAAGUUGCUGGAUAUUGGUGGGAACUGGAACACGUGGUCGUACACGUCGAUCCAGAGUAUCCCAAACAUGCUCAAUGGGUGACAUGUCAGCCGCCCCGGACCUGUGAUGACUACUGGAGUGAAUUCAGACACUGCAAAAGCCUGUGGAACCGUUUCCAUAACUACUAUGCCCAUGGCACAUCCCCCUCCUGCGGACAGUGGAAAGAAGACUACUACUCAUGUAGAGAGUGGGAGAAGAACCCAGGCCCAGAGACCAAGGAGUCUUUACAGCAGAGUGAGAGGAACCGGGAGGCGGAGCAGAGGAAGUUCACCCCUGUGUGGGACCUGAGACGAGAUCCGCCCAGAGACUGGCACAUGCCCCUGCACCAGGGAAAGUCCCCAGAUUCCCAGUCCUAACCAUCCCCUGGGUCAAUACUGCAAUGGCCCUAAACAUGGGCAGACCAAGGUCAAUGUGGCAUCUGAGAUCUGUUUCACUACAUAAACUUAACCAAUUCUUCUGGCUUUAACUGUAGAGAUUGUGGCUAGGGAGCCAUGGUCCUGGGGUUAUUCAGAGCAAUCCAUUGACAUUAGAGCUAGAAUUUUAAAGUACAAGUAUUUUUGGAACAAGUCAUAAUUGUUCAUGGCAGAAUGUAUGUUCUACACAAUGUAUUUUAUCUUUAUGUUCUUGAACUUUGCUGAAUAUGCCCCUUGCAGAGGGUGUGAAUGCUUUUGUCCCAGCUAAUAUGCUCUUAACCACCUGACUCUUAUUGGUUCAGUUGAAACCAUGUUUAGAAAGGUGUUUUAGUGCUAGGCUUGGCUGCUCUCCAGGAACAAAACCACUCUGGCGUAGAUUUUUGUGUCCAAUUCUCUUUACUGGUAUUAGGGCGGUGUUCUCUACUGCUAGAAAGUUCUACUCUAAUCAAAAACACAAUUAUUGAUAGUGACAGAGUGCUGUGCAUGCUUUCCAUACAUUAUACAUAUGUAAAUGUGUGUAUACUGGGAAAUAAUAUUUUAGGGAACAGCUAAAAGAGAUACUGGAUUGGGAAAAGGGUAAGCGCACCAUCCAGUAUUCUGGCUUCCACCAGCGGUCUGACUGUUUUUGUCUAGUCAUUGUGUAGAAAGAGACUCAACUCUACCUAUUGCAAUUGAGGCCAGUGUUUCUGUAACACCGUUACACAGGAUCUUUGCCUUUUAUUAUUUCACAUGAUACCUUAUCUACAGUGUUACAUACAUGCAUACAUAAAAAUGCAUUUCAAAUAAAACAAAUGUGAAUCUUUUAUUUCAA